UUGAUAACCCAAAACACCAAAAAAAGAGUUCCGCACGGCAUACGCUGCGCAGAAGACGACUGGCCCAGUGCUGCUGACUCGCUAGCCACACCAGGGUUGCUCAUAAUGGCUGCCUCCAAGCCAUUCGAGCCGCAGUCAGGCACCGGCGUCCCCAGUUGGCAGCUCGCUCUGCUGUUCGGCGCGCCCAUAGUCGGGGUGACAGCCGUGUAUCUAUGGAACCGCAAGGGUCGUUUUGAACGUGCCCGAGAGGCAAAUCAAAAAGGCAACAAAUACUUUAAGGCGGCCAAGUAUGAGAACGCCAUCCAGUGUUACACAGAGGCCAUUGAACUCUGCCCCACUGAACAGAAGAGCUACCUGUCGGUGUUCUAUCGCAACCGAGCGGAGGCUUAUGAGAAGCAGAGGAAAUGGACUGAAGUGUCGCGAGACAGAUCACGGGUACUAAUGCUCGACCCACACAACUACGCAGCUUUCUUGAAGCUUUACGAGGCUAAUAGAAGACUGGACGAUAAGAAAGAAUGCCUGGAAGAUAGCAUCGCUCCGUCUAUCCCGGAGGACGAGCUGAACGAGGAGAGCAAGACGCCCCCUAUGGGAAAUAAGGCCCUAGACGAAUAUAAGAACCGAGAGUGGACGAUGCCUUCUCCUCAGUACAUCAAAUCCUACUUUGGUUCUUUCACCGAUGACAUCAUCUCGCAGCCGCUACAGAUGGGCGAGAAGAAAGAUGAAGACAAGGACAAUGAGGGCGAGGCCGCCGAGGUCACAGCUAGUCACCACCUGAGUUCGGGCUACCUGAAAGCCAAGCAAUACAUGGAUGAGGAGGACUACGACAAAAUCAUCAGCGAAUGCACUAAGGAGGUGGACUCGGAGGGCUGCUACAUGGCUGAGGCGCUGCUCCUGCGCGCCACCUUUCACCUGUUGACUCGCAACGAAGUGGACGCUGGUGUCGACUUGGACCGCAUCAUCAAUAUGCAGGAAGCCAACGUCAAGCUGCGUGCCAACGCCCUCAUCAAGCGUGGGAGCCUGUACAACCAGACUCACGAACGCUUGCUUUCCAGAAAGCACUUCAACAUGGCAGCAGAGAUCGACGCAUGCAAUCCCGAUGUGUACCAUCACAGGGGGCAGGUUAACAUGGUGCUGUACCAGGCGGAUGAAGCUGUAGAAGACUUUGACAAAAGCAUCCUGCUCAGACCUGACUUUGCUCUCACCCAGGCGCAGAGGUCCUUCGCUCUGUACAAACAAGCAAAGGCCGAGCUCUUCCCAUCCAAGACACACGUUCAGAAAGCCAUGGAUGGAUUCCAGGACGUUAUCAAAAGGUUUCCCACUUGUGCAGAGGGCUACGCACUAUACGCUCAGGCUUUAACCGAGGAGGGACGCUUCAGCAAGGCAGACAAGAUGUACGACAAGUGUAUUGAAGUAGAACCAGACAACGCCAACCAUUAUGUUCACAAAGGAUUAUUACAGCUCCAGUGGAAACGAGGCAUGGACUGGAGACGCUUGUGUGAGUUGGGCCUGGACCUCAUCAAAGAAGCCAUCGAAAUCGACAACAAAUGUGCCUUUGCUUACGAAUCAUUGGGACAUGUCGAACAUCCAAGGUGUGAUUACGGCAAGGCAAUCGAAAUGUCUGCCGAGGCUAAAACGGCUAAUGACGUGGGUACCCAUUACACAGAGCGCGAAGACGCGUACACCCACAGAGAGGUAUUCAGGGAAGUAAGGGAUCAGACGUUUCAAGUCAGCCACUUUGAUUUUGACUGACAAGUUCUUCUGAUAUUCUUCGAUACAUAUGGUGACCAAAGUAAAAUAGAACUUAAAUCUGAAUAAAGUUAUGUUUCCUGGAAAGAGAUGUGGUGCUUUUUCUUUACUGUAUCGGGUUGUUUUUCAGUGGAAUGUACUUGAUAUAAAAUGUUUUUUUAAAUACUGUGUGAAACAACUAGUGUGAUGGUUCAAAUUACUAAAUAGUGUACUUUACCGCUACCAAUUUAGUUCAGUUAAAAAGCACCUGUGGCUAAAGAUUUAGUAAAUACAUAAAAAAUAGCUAACUUUUUGUCGUAUUUAAAGGGUAUGAAAACGCAAAGGGGGUGUGAGACAUCAAUAGAACCGUUAUGUGCCAAGAUAACAAAUAUUGAUAAAGUUAACAAAAAAAAUCAAUCACAUUAAUGAGCAAUUAUCGAAAAUAGAUCGAAAAUGACGAACAUUUCCGAAAGUGUUCGGAAACAGCCGAAUGGGGCGGAGACGUCAUAACAAGGAAACAAAAGGUCGAGGCAGGUGCCAUCGUUGUUUAUCGACGAGAGAGUUGCGUUCCUUUUCUAUCAAAAAAUAGCUAAAAUGGUUUAAACCUGUCAUGCUAUGUGGUUUACAAAUAGCCAUUUGUCGCAAUGUAGUCCUAAUGAGUUCCCGAACGUGAGAAAAAGAGCUGGACUACGCAGACAAUGAGUAAAGUUCGUCAGUGCUAAGAGGGCUAAUUUUGCAAUUUUACAGGGAAACGGGAACCUGACGAGCCAGAAGAUGUGCCUACAACCUCAAAGAAAACAAAAUUUAUGCUACUUCCCUAUCACUAAAGACCCACGAACUGCGAAGGAGUGAAUUCGUGACCCGUAUGUGAAUAAAUCGAGUGAUUCGAGCAUGUCUGUGGAACAGGAAUAUCAGCUUGUAGAGAUCGCAAAUCACAGCGACUUAAGCGUACAUUUGAGACAACAACUCUACCGAAGUUCUGGAUUAAAGUCAUUUCGGAAUAUCCCAACAUCGCUCGGAGCGCGCUGAAAACUGUGCUACAAUUUCCAACAUCGCUAGCUUGAUGCUAGCUUCUCUCACUCUCCCAUCUCGUCUCAACGAAACAAAACUCAGCCCUCCCACUGAUUCAGCAGGUGAGUUGUAUUUUUUCCCUGCACUUAACACGACGGGGCUAAAAACAAAUGCUAUUUUAUAUUUGCUGUAUUUUUCUGCCGCACAUUGCCGGUGUUCUGACAAAGUUGGCAUGCGCGUAACGUUAAAAAGGACCGCAAAUGCAGCGAUUCCUAAGUACACACUACAAACUUUCUUUAAAGAAAGGAAUAUUAACUUACGUUUGCCAUGUUUGGGUCACAUAACAACUGCACGUAGCCCUCUCACUUAAUGACUUCGCCGUGUCGUUAGCGUUAAUUUACGCCAUUUCCGUGUU